AUGUAUAUCGCCACCGAGAGCCAUCUUGUUAUUGUUCCAGAAGACAAAACGGUUUGCUGAGUUUAUAGUUUUUUUUUUUCAAAAAAGGGAAGAAAUAUAUUUUGGAAGUUCAGGCCAUCGAACAAAUCGAUUGGAAGGAGCAUCGUUCAGACGUCUCAAUUCUGUGUAUGAAUGUGGGUGUCGAUCAGAAUUUUUUGUUUUCAAAAAUUGUAUUUAUAUUCAGAUUUAUGAUCGCGCAAUAGUUGCGGUCCGCUCUGACGGAGACUACGUGACCUGUGACCUCGACUCGAAAUUGGUUUCUCUCGAAGAAUACUGCUUGUAGGUAAUCGAUUCGUUUCUCCAGGUGGGUUUCAUGGAGGGAAAUGAACUACAUGGCUCAACCGACGCAAAAUGGAGUCACGACGAGAGUGUCCUCUGUCUUGCCGACGAAUCUUUCUAUUGGUUCGUGGGUAGCGACUACGUUUAUAUUUCUACCGGGUAUGCUUCACUUGGAUUCUUUUUUUCUGACUGAGGCAUCUCCCAAUUUCUUAGAGAUAUCGACGUUGACCGUCUGGUGAUGCCAGUGAAUGUCGGCUGGGGAUCCGCAGAAACUCAGUUUCGCGGUUCUGAGGGCAAGGUGAGUGGAAUCCUAUCCAUUUGGAUGACUAUUCAGCUUGAGAAAUGUCAUUGUUUCCUGCUGUCAAUUAGUCUGGCAAAACUGAAAAGCUCCUCUAAAGCUGUUUUCAAAAAAAGAUGUUCUAAGGGCUCCCAAAAGAUCUUUUUCAUUAAUUUCACUUUUGUAAAACAACUGAAAAGAUUCCAGGGGCUUCAAAAAGGAUCCUCUGAGGCCAUGAAAAAUAUUUCUAUCAUUUUGGGAGCUUUUAGCCGAAUCUUUUCAGUUCUUUCUGAAGUUCCUCGAAAGAGUAUUUUUUAAAAUUUCAACUUUUCGUGGGGGCGUAUUGAAAUUCUAUGUAUCUGAGUGUUUUUCCUUUGUAUACGGCCUCAAUCCGUUUUCCCAGACUAUUCGCAUUUUUUAUUUUUAGCGAAGAAUUUGUUCCAGAAGAAAGCCGCUGACUCGGAAGCACCAGAGAAGGAACUUUCGAGAAGUUCGGCGACAAGAGUCGAGUGGCGCUGGGACGACGCCUUCGUCGCCGUCUCCUACAUGGAUCGUCAUCGUGGCCGGAGCAUAAUUGUUUCGAAAUAUCUCAUUUUGCGAAUAAAAGUGUCUUUCUUAGAUUUUCGACAACGAAGGAGAGCCUUUGCACCGGAUGAACCCGUCGAAAAGUCCCCUCGGACACGUUUUCGCCAUUCGGCCAAACGCCAACAUCAUCUGCUCCACAACCAUUUUGGACGGCGAGUAG